AUGUCGAAGCGCAAAAAGGACUUUCUCACGGAUUUCGACCCUAACAAAUCCGAUCCCGAAGACGAAAACUUUGACCCCAUUGCCGAAAAGCAACGAACCCCGCGAAGUGCAAAGAAGCAAGCAAAUACACGUCGCCAAAAGAACCGAGGCGCUGCUGGCGUUGCGCGCAGGCGGAACAGCCGAUACAAAGGAUCCGACAUCGAAGACGACGACGAUAUCAGCGAGAGCGAACAAGACAUCUCUUUCGGUGAAGAGGAGGACGAAGAAGAAGAGGACUCGGACGCUCCCGUCAACGCUACGGGCAGGCGGAUGCGCCAGGCUGCCGCACGACAUCAAUCAUACAGGGAAAGCAGUGAAGACGAAGACCAGAUCCAGUCGUCUGACCAAGACAAAGACGUCGUCCAGGAGACCGACGAAGAACAUAGAGUGCCCUCGAUAGAAUCUCCUGAACGGAGUCCCAGCAAGAAGAAGUCUCGCAUCGUUGUGCUGAGUGUCAAGAAAGGCGCCAAGCCAAGCUCACAACGACCAAGACGUGGCGCUGCUGCCAAAGAAUCAGCAACCAUGGCUCCCCCGACCCGCCGCCGCUCUACUAGAGCCCGCACGGAGGAGACGGACGAGCCUUUGCUCGAGCUUUCCAACUCAGGAAGGCAUACCCGCGUCACUCGCGCAUCAACAAGAAGCAAAUCCCCGGAAGCCAUGACCCAUCCCACCAGAGCUACCCGUGGUUCCAAGGGUGUUAAGAGACACCAACCCCCACCCAUCCCCGAAGCCUCCCACGAGGAAGAUGACGACGAAUACAAGGUCGAGACGGAUAUACCCAAUGUUGACAAUGUGGACGAGUUGGCCGGCGAGGCGAACAUGAUCGAUGCGCCUGCUGACCAUCCGGAAGAACACCAAGAGGGAUGUGCUGAACAGAUGGCUGAGGAAGGAGCUGCUCAACAGAUUAGCGAAGAACCACCUGCACAGAUCGAGAGCCAACCAGCGGCGGAAGACGCAGAUGUUGACGACGAAGACGAUGCUCCGAUUACUAGGCGGACUCGUGGGGCUAGAGCCGUCACAUCUACCGCAGCUACCUCGACCACAGUUACAGCAGUCGAACCAGAGGGCGAAGGACUCAGGAGCCGCUUGAGGCGUGGAUCUCGCCUGAAGAAGAGGUCGCUCGCAGAACCUAGUAGUGACUUUGAGCCAGGUGAGGAGUCAGGCGAUAACGAAGCCUAUGCCUCGGAGGCUUCAGUCAAGAAAGCUGGUCGCAAAGGUUCCAGUGCCGAUGAGUCUGCCGCCACACCCGUUCGCGGACGUUCCACCCGCGCCCGCGCUGCCAAGAGGCCUCGCCGCAGCCAUGACUCUGGCGAAGAGGAAGUUGAGCUGGAUAGGGAGGAGCUCGCCGAAGAACUCGAGGAACUGCGCGAGAGCUCACGCUCGCGGCCACGAAGAGCUGCCACUCGCCGUCGCCGCUCGCCUUCCAUUCAGUACGAGGAGCCCGCCGGCAAGAGACGUCGCACCACCCAGCGUGUCGAUUACACUAUCCCGGCAAUUGACUUGGCCGCUCUCGAGGCCGAAGAAGAUGACGAGCCUGUGGCCACCCCAGCAAGAGGCCGCAAGAGGAAUGGAGGCAACGCAGGAUGGGAUCGUCCUUUGAACACCACCUAUGGUCCCUUUGGUGGUGGCGGAGUUGGCUCUCUGCUUGGAGGCCCUUGGGGCACCGGCGCUACGGGCGGCGUUGAUUCCGACAGCAGCGACGACGAGAUGGUGCAACGAACCGGUCCUGGCCAGAACCCUAUUGGCAUGACACCCACUUCUGCCGCCCCUCCGGUUGGCUUAUUCAAUCCUGCGGCUCAGACCCAUAAUGUGGACGGCCUUGGUGGUAUUGGAGGCGCCACACCUAAUGUCGGAAAGGUGAAGAAUCCCAAGGCGUUUGCGGAUGCGGAUCCGCUCGGCGUCGAUAUGAGCGUCGAUUUCAGCAAAGUCGGAGGUUUGCAGGGUCACAUCGACCAGCUCAAGGAAAUGGUCCAGCUUCCCCUUUUGUACCCCGAACUGUUUACCAGAUUUCAUGUUACACCACCACGAGGUGUCCUCUUCCACGGUCCGCCCGGUACCGGUAAGACUCUCCUUGCCAGAGCUUUGGCCAACUCGGUCGGCUCCGGAGGCCGCAAGAUCAGCUUCUAUAUGCGCAAGGGAGCUGAUGCUCUCAGCAAGUGGGUUGGUGAGGCAGAGAAGCAGCUGCGGUUGCUCUUCGAGGAAGCUCGGAGGACGCAGCCAAGUAUCAUCUUCUUCGAUGAAAUCGAUGGCCUUGCUCCUGUGCGAUCUAGCAAGCAGGAGCAGAUCCAUGCAAGCAUUGUCUCUACCCUGCUGGCGUUGAUGGAUGGUAUGGAUGGUCGUGGCCAGGUCAUCGUCAUCGGUGCCACUAACCGCCCUGACAACAUCGACCCUGCUUUGCGUCGCCCCGGACGUUUCGACAGAGAGUUCUACUUCCCCCUUCCCGACAUCGAGGGAAGGCGAUCGAUUCUAGACAUUCACACCAAGGACUGGGGUUUGUCGAAUGAGUUCAAGGACCAGUUGGCCCAGUUCACCAAGGGUUAUGGUGGUGCCGAUCUCCGCGCCCUUUGCACCGAGGCGGCUCUGAACGCCAUCCAAAGAACGUAUCCCCAGAUCUACACGUCCAAGGAGAAGCUUGUGGUCAACCCUCAGAAGAUCAACAUCCAGGCGUCCGAUUUCAUGCAUUCGAUCAAGAAGAUGGUGCCAUCAUCUGAGCGCUCGGCUUCAUCCAGCGCCAUGACCAUCCCCAAAAUGGUCAAGCCACUUCUUGAGAAGCAAUUCGAAGCUCUCGUGGCGCAGCUCGACAAGAUUCUGCCUCGCCCAAAGAAGACCACCGCGCUUGAGGAGGCCAUGUAUGAACCGUAUAAGGAUCUCGAUGGCGGGUUCGAGAGGGAGCAGAUGAGUCAGGACUUCCAGCGGUCGCGUGUCUAUCGCCCUAGAUUGCUCCUUUGUGGUGUGGCGGGUAUGGGCCACGGUUACCUGUCGAAGGCUAUUUUGCAUUACUUGGAAGGUGUUCAUGUUCAGGAUUUUGGUCUGCCUGUUGUACUGAAUGACUCUAGGCCCCCUGAACAAGUUAUUGUGAGCCUCUUUACCGAGGCCAAACGUCACAAGCCCAGUGUGAUCUUUAUCCCUAAUGUGGACGCUUGGUGGGCGACCCUUGGCGAUGCCGCCCUGACGACAUUCACCACGAUGCUUCGACAGAUGUCGCCUACCGACCCUGUUCUUGUACUCGGCACAGCGGAGACAAUGCCUGAGCUUGUCCCACCAGAGAUUUUGACCGAACUGUUCGGAUUCUCGAAGGGGAACCGUACCGUGAUCCCCCGUCCGGACCGUGAACAGCGUGUUUUCUUCUUUUUCCCUAUCAUCCAGAACUUGUGGAAGGCACCUGAAGAAUUCCCGGAUCCUUCCAACCGCAAGAAGCGGGUGCUCGAAAUCCUGCCGGUUGCCCCGCCGCCGCCACCCAGGGUUCCUACCAAGGAGGAGAUCAAAGCUCAGCGCCAGAUCGACUUCCAUCAUUUGAACUUGCUGAAGGCGAGACUGCAACCGAUUAUGGAUCAGAUUCAGCGCAGGUAUCGCAAGUUCAGACAGCCCGUCAUUCCUCUCAACACGAUCAGCUAUCUGUUCCAGGAGUCUGAUCCCAACUUUGUCCGUCCCGACGUGGGUGAACAGGAGCAGCGGCCCUUUGUCAUUUCCAAGGACGAUAAAGGUGUUGACGGCAUUCUUGAAACCAAAACGGGCAAGUUUUACUACAAUCUUGACUCUACUACAAUCGAGGAGCGCUUGGCCAAUGGCUAUUAUGCCCGCCCGAUGGACUUCUACGAGGAUAUUAAGCGUUUAUUCCUCGAUGUCAAGACUAUCGGCGAUAAGGACUACCUCCCGAAGGCGAGCGAAAUGGUCACCAAUGUUGAGAUUGAUGUGUACGAUAUCAAUCUUUCUUUCAAAGCAUCAGGCGUCAACUUUGAGGACAUCUACCAAAGGCAGCUCGAGAGAGCGAGGAAGGCCGAAGAGCGCCACCGCAAAAAGGCAGCUUUCCAGCCCAUGGUCGACAAGAUCCAGUCUGACCUUGCCGAGACCCAUGACGAUAGCGAGUCUCAAGGUCCUGUGGGUAUCGGAUACCCCAUGGUCAAGACGGCCCACACGACAGCGGCCAGAUUCCAGGUCAUCACGAGCCCCAAGUCGAACGGAGACUUGAACUCUUCCGGAUCGCACCCGCUCACCAACGGCACAUCGCACCCUUCCAACCAAGGCGAGACCGGUCAGACGGUGGAAGAAGAAAGCACUCUGCUCUUCUCUCAGGGAGUUGAAAUCAGCUCGCCGCUUAGAUAUCGGCAUGCGCAACAACAACAUCAACAGAACAGAGUCAUUACAGAGUCGACCAGAGCGACCGUCGGCACAUUCUCGCAGAGAUCGGCGCUUACUUCUGUGCCUCCUGGAGUUUCACCGGCCGCUAUCCAGAAUGACGCUUCGAGCACCAGGACGUCUGAUCCGAGCUCGGGCCGUGGAGAGUGGAACACGCAGCAGACGAAUGGCGUGCAGAGCAUCCCUCGGGGAACAUCCCAGUUGGUUGAGAGCCAGGAGACGACUGUUAACCGUACUGCCGCGGCGUCCCUUUUGGAAACCAACAGCCAAAGCCAAAGCCAGAGCAAUUCUUCUGGUAGCGGCCCGUGGCCUCACUCACAGAUGGCUGGUAUUGCGCAGGGCAUCCUGCUGCCACCCGUGCCUGAGGAGGCUGAGGCCCACGAGGCCAACGAAGCUCCCGCCGGUGGUCUCCGUUCGUCGUCCUCCAAGGACCAGCCGCAGCAGGGUGGCGGUAAUGGUGACAGUCAAAGCAGCAAGCCCAGCAAUGAUACUCCUGAUAGCCAGCGGAGUCUGGUAGAGGGCAGACGUCCUAGGGACCUUGCGAUUGCGGACUGUCUGGAGAGGCUUCUCCAGGGCCCCGUCCGCCCUGGCAGCACCGGCGGCAAGAAGACGGAUAGCUCUCCGUACACCAACAACAGCCCGGCCCUUGGCCGCAACAACGCCCAUCUGCCCCCCGGCCGCCGCAGCACUUCGGACUCGUCUCAGCAGCCUAUCCUUAACGACGGUAAGGUCUGCGAGUUCUGGUCCUCGCUCGUCGAACGCACGGCCGGCUGCAACAUUGAGCAGAUGGAGCAGAUCCAUAGAGAGCUCAUGGAUACCAUCUGGCAGUACCGCCACGAGUGGAAUCGUAUGCAUGUCCUCUCCACGCUCGUCGGCGUCUUCAACGAAACCAUUGCCGACAUUGAGCUCGUGCAGGGCGCCUUGUUCGAUGCCCAGGGCAGAGAGCAGAGGGAGCUCGAGAAGAGGGAGGCCGAGGCCAACAAGAGUUCGUCGCAGACUUCUGCUCAGUCUCAGGGGUUGACCCAGGCUCAAGCUGCUGUUGCCGCCGUCCCCGUCGGUGCUGCUGCCUCCACUCCUGGAGUCACUGCCGGCUCUGCCGCCCCUGGUCUAGUUGCUGCUGCCGCCAGAGGUGUUCCUACUCCUGAUCCCACUGUUGCUUCUGCCUCUGAUGUUCCUGCCGCAGCUGCUGCCACCACUGCUGUCGCUGGAAAUGGCGAUAGCCAGGGUACCGGUAGCACCAGUAACAGCCAGAAGAGCCACAGCAACCAGAAGAGUACUGCCGGUACUUCCGGUAGCCAUAAGAGCAAGAGCAACAACAGUGGAAAGAGCAGUAGCCAGAAGACGCCUACUAGCAACAGUACGAGCCAGAAGAGCAAGAAGUCGGCGCGUGCGGCGCCGGCGGAGGAUGAUGGGUUGCCUUACAUCUUUUUGAGGUAA